UUCUUCAAGAAUGGCUCACAAAAAACAUCACAACAAUGUUCUUCAAGUGUACAAGAUGGCAAGUAGAAGAGACAAUUGAUCAUCUCAAUUGCCCCUUCCACUACUUCUGUGACAGUUCCUAUGCUGGCAACUUUCCUCCGAUAAUCGAUCUGUCGGUGCUCGCCGCCAUGGCUGUUUCCUUCCUUUCUGCUGCAGCCUUCACAGCAUUAGCAUUCAAAAGCAAUGGUGAAAGUUUUGGCAGAAGAAACUUGAAGAGAAGGUACUUCUUGCCUUCAGGUCCUAUAAUGCUGCCUGUAAUGCUUCUAAUACUUGCCAAUGGACAAAGGAUCAAUACUGUGUUUCCACUCUCACAAUUGGGGCCUUCAAUCCUUCUUCUUAUUCAUGUUUCAGCUCUGUCAUUUGAGAACAAAACUGAUCAGAGAAGUAUAAGGUAUGCAGUACUGGAAGCUUCAACGGUUUCUGGUAUUCUCCAUGCAAGUUUGUAUUUGGAUUCAAUCAUUCUGCCUUACUACACAGGACUGGAUGCUAUUUCGAGGUCCAUUUUCUCAGGUGAGUGCCCUUCCUGCGUGUGCCGUAAAGAAGAUUUGGUGGUCGGAGGGAGAUUAGUAACAUAUAGGGGAUGUUCUAAGACAACUUUGUUCAUUAUUACUGCUCUGUGUUCAAGAAUGCUAUCCAGGAUCUCAGGGGAAGAGAGAUUCACAAUGGUGAUCAAGCUGCUGUUGGAAGUUGUUGGUUGGGUAUCAGUAGCGGCUGAUUCGGUUUAUCUUAUGAUUUUCAUUCCACAUGAAAAUCCAAUCCAUAAGGUGAUGAUCUAUGGAGGAAUUUGUAUUUUAAUUCUUUUUAAUGUGUUUAGGAAGAUCUAUAGUCUCUAUGGUUGGUUUUCUUUGAGGCGUAAAAUGGAAGGGAAGAAAUAUCAAUGUCUAAGCGGUGUUGAAAUUCUAUGA